AUGAGGAGAUCCCCAAACGAGCCGCCGAUAGAAAACCUCUGCGUGUACUGCAGCAGCAGUCAGUCCUUCUCCUACAUGCGAAAAUGUAACGCGGAGGGAAGUUCGAGGGGGGCUUCCUCAAAUGAAUACCAAAGGACCGUUUUGAAGAAGGCUGUCAACUACAAAUGGGUAAAAGAUUUGACCUGCGAUGAGUGUCUCCUGAGUGUGAUGGAGAGCCUGCAGAAGGAGGGACGUGCAGAGCGGCUAAGGGGAGCAUGCAGGCGGAGAGAUGAACACGCGGGAGGUGCCUCUCCCAUGGUGGCUGGCACCCUCGGGGGGGAGACCCGCACUGUAAACAGACGCUUUCUCAAAAAUGAAAGGCGCAUGGGGGAGGCAAAAUCGUUGGAGAGAAGGAGCAGACGGGGGUUCAAGCCCAGAGCCUUCGCAGACGGGGGUAACCAAGCGGGCAAAUCGAACGAAGUGAAAGAAGCGGGCGAAGCGGACGAAGUGAACGAAUCAAACGAAGCGGGCCAAGCGGACAAAUCGCGCGAAGCGGCGCGCCUGUUCGACGCCGCCGCCAGGGCGAAGCACUACCGAAGGGCGUCCAAGGCGUGGCUACGGAGGUUCCUCCGAAAGAGCGGCCCCGUGUACAAGCAGCAAGCCAAAAAGAUAAUCACCUUUCUCAUAAUAAAAAAUUUUAAAAUUUUUGAUGUAGAAUUGUGGAACUCCUUUUUCAAGAGAAAGGCAGCCAAUCAGAUGAACACCAAUUUGUACCUUCUCUUUGGAAGGGAGGGGAGCCAAAGGGAAAAAUUUUUAGAAGACGUUUUUCGUUCCUUUCCGUUUUUCUAUGCCAGUGAUCGGGUGUUCAUGGUUGAUCUGGGUCAGUAUGGGCGCAGCCCCAUCGUGAGCGACUGCGGGUAUGCCGUCCAUUCGAUGGGGGGGAGUAGCAUGCAAAGAACCGCUCAGGGUGAAGCUCGGAAAGGUAGGCCAUACGUGGAGAAGGUACUUUACCCAAAUUUGAGCCAACUCACUCAGAAGGAAGAAGCGGUGAGGGGACUGACGCAGCGGAGAGGGGGCCUUCAAAACAUAGAUCCUUGCAAUGAAAACCUCGAGUACAUCUUACUAGCCGUCACCAGAAUAGCUCUCGUGAAACAGUUCGUUUGGAAGAAGCAGCUGCUCAGGGGGGUGUCUGGCUUGGUAGAGUCUAGUCAACUGGGGAGGCGGCUUGCACGGAGGGGGGAAGAGGCGCCACGGAAAAGCCCCCGAAUGGUUGAAAUGGUUGAAAUGGCUAAGGCGGGCAAGCGGGCGAGCGGACUGAACCUCUUCAACGGGGGCCCCUCCUUCCUGUUAAUAAAAAAUUUAGACAAACUGACCGACCUGGGAAUGCCCCCCCUGAGGAGGAGCUGCAUCGUGCAGGUGCUGCUCAAAUAUGUGUUCCUGUGGAGGGAGCUGAAUUUGAAUGUGCACGCGUUUGUUCUGGCCCCGCAGCAGUUGGCGGGAUUAGCGGCGGGGGGAGCGGCGGGAGUAGCGGCCGGGGGAGUACCAAAUCCCCUUGGCGUGAACCCCCUGAGCGAACUCCUUUCCAACUGCGCCACGUUUGAGUUCCCCGCCUUCGAGCUGCCCCCCUUCCUGCGCGAGGCGCAGAGACGCCAGUACCUGGCCCACCUGUUUAAAGAGAAGGGGGUGAAGUGCCCCAAGGGGGACCUCCAACGAGUGGCCCAAAUGACCACCAGCUUUAGCAAAGCGGAUUUGGAGAAGCUCUGCAGGGACGAGUGUCGAGAGAGGUUUAAUCAUGCGGUGCGGGGGGGAGGCGGACUGCCCCAAAUGAGCGGAUUGCUCCAAAUGAGCGGAUUGCCCCAAAUGAGCGGAUUGCCUAGUAUGGGCGGACUGCCUAGUGUGGACGAACUGCCUAGUGUGGGCGGCCUGCCCAAUCUGCUGGACCACCCCAAACUCUUGCGUGCGCGGGGCGGGGCCCCCCCCGAGGGGAACUUCUUCCACAAGACGCUGAACCUGCAGAGCGAGUCGCACGCGGUCAUCCGCACGCACGAGGUUGAGUUGUACACGGGGGAGAAGCGCGGCCACUCGGAUGGCGGCCACCCGAAAAGCGGCACGAACAGUGGAGAGCCUCACGGGUUGGACGGGGUCAUCGCGGAGGAGGAGCUGGUAGGCAAGCUUCGCUCAGAGGUUCUACGCCGCUUCAAGGCGAACCCCACCUGUGAGAAGGGCCCCCCUGGUAGGGCGCGCCCCGCGGAACCCCCCACGGGCAUCCUCCUUCAUGGGAAGAGCGGCUCUGGAAAAACCUUCCUAGCGCAAAGGCUCAUCGACGAAUGUAACUGCACCUCCAUUUUGAUCAACUGCUCGCAGGUAUUUAACAAAAUAAUGGGAGAAUCGGAAAAGUUCCUAAAUGACAUUUUUGUGUAUGCAGGAGGGAGGGUAGGGCCAUGCGUCAUUCUGUUUGAUGGGAUCGAAACUAUAUGUUGCAGCGUUAGGGGGUCUUCAUCCCAUGGGGUGAGCAAAUUCACGGAGAGGUUAAAGCUGUGCUUCUACCAACACUUAGACAGAAUUCAUUUUCAGAACAAGUGGGUAAUGGAGAGAGGGACUACUGGGAAGGUGUUAAUCGUGGCAACCACUACGGAGCUUACCAAUGUAGAUUCUAAUUUGCUGGUGGAUCACCGUCUGCGGCAUGUGUUCCGCACAAAGGAGUUUCACCUGUGGCGAGACAGUGAUGUGCUCAAAUUGCUCCACAGUUGCCUCCAACGGUUUAACGUGCAUGCGGAUAGGUUGGUCCUCUCCUUCGAAUUUGAGCACUUUUUUAGGGAAUGCAUUUUGCGCCGCAAGGGGAGGCUCACUCCGCUGUGCGUUUCGAAUUUGUGCAGAGACGCAGUGGCUCGGCGCGUGCGGAGGGCGCUCGCCUGCGCAGGUUAG